AUGGCUGAUGGGGAAAGAUCGCCCCGAUCGGCCCCUGAGCCCGGGGCCCCAGAGCUCCCCGCAAUCCACCCAUCAUUUAUCCAGGUCGCCAGACCAUACAUCUUUGAGCAAACGAUACAGGACUGCCUCGCCGCGCUGGGCAUCGAUCCAACGCGCGAAGAUUCCCUGCGUUUGCAGGGUGUUCACUGGCUUGACAAUAUGCGGAGAGUGCUUAAUCUUCCGAUUCGCACUUUCAAUACCGCAGUGAUAUACUAUCACCGGUUUCGACUGGUCCAUCCAGACCGGGAAUAUAGCUUCAUGGAUGCGGCAACAGCGGCCUUGUUCACCGCAUGCAAGGUCGAGGACACACUCAAAAAGUCGCGAGAGAUUGUAUGCUCAGCAUACAACUUGAACAUGUCACCAUCGGAGCAAUUGCCAUCCGAUGAUCCAGUUUUUGAAGCACGCUCCCGUGAUAUUAUUGGCCUUGAGAGACUCAUGCUGGAGGCGUCUGGGUUUGAUUUCCGGACCCGUCAUCCGCAGAAAACCCUGCUCAAGCUCGCUCGACAAUACGGGCUCCCUACCGGGUCCGAGGUCUCCAACUUGGCGUAUCGGAUCUCACUGGAUCUGUACCGGACAUUCGCGCCCCUCAAACAGACAGCAUCGACCAUGGCAUUUAGCUGUCUUGAACUCGCAGGGCGGCUGCUAGGUCAGCGUCUCGAGGCAGCAGAAUCCGUCGGAGAUUAUGCACAAUGGAAUACCAGCCGGGAAGAGAUCAUGGAGACCCUCUUUGAUCUCCUUGAACUCUACACUCAUCAUCGGUCCUCAACUUCCGUUGGGCCUCAGUUUCCAGCGGACCGGUUUUUGACUGUCCGCAUCCCACUCAACCAAGAAGCCGCUGAAUUGCAAGCCCCGCGAUACACGCACUGGAAAGACCGGCCUCGCAUCCCCAAGGAGACUGUCAAACCGCCGAACGGCGCGGGCGGUAAACAAUCGAAUGUCCCAGCACGAACACUCCACCCUUUGACGCCCAUUGCCGCGAACGGUGAACGCUUCAGUAAGGAAGAGCGUGGUCGGCAUGCGGCCCUUCGAUACAUGCUCGAUCCGAUAUGUGCGGAAGACGAGAAGAGGCAGGUCGCGCAGUAUUUCAAGGUCGAAAUGGAGGAGUUUGAAGUGGAAGACUCAAAUGUGGUGUGCGCUCAGCCUGGGCACGAGAGGAGACCGGGAUCCCAGAAGGAACGCCCUGAGCAUAAAAUCUGGAAGACGCUCGCGCGCAAACACACAUCAGGGACGCCAGCACUCUGA